AACCGAUUUUUAAUUCAAAACGACAUCAAACCUCUCAUUUAGUCUUCACUCACCUCCUUCUCAAGUUCGAUCCCAAAACACAGUCUCGGAAAACCCUAAAUUAUCGCAGUCGCGCAGCCCCUCCUUCACCCUGUCGAAUCUCCCUUGCGCCAUCUUCUUCCAUCCUCCAUCCUUCAUCCUCCAGUGCUUGAUUUGUUGUGGACAAUAUGUAUAACGGAAUAGGGUUACAAACCCCAAGAGGUUCAGGUACCAAUGGGUACAUUCAGAGCAACAAGUUUUUCGUGAAGCCUAGAACUUCAAAGGUGGCUGAGAACAUGAAGGGGUUUGAAGCAGAUCAGGGUACUGCUGGGGUUACCAGAAAGGCCAACAAAGAGAUUCUUGAGCAUGACCGCAAGCGUCAGAUUCAGCUCAAGCUUGUUAUCCUUGAAGACAAGCUAAUUGAUCAGGGUUAUACUGAGUCUGAGAUUGCUGAGAAACUUGAGGAGGCUCGGAUUAAUUUGGAAGCUGCAGCUGACGAAAAUGAUGGAUCGUCCAAUUUGGAUAAGGUUUCCGAUACACAGACUCACCAAAUUGCUGCUAGAAAGGAAAAACAGAUGGAAACAUUGAAAGCUGCUCUUGGCAUAGCUUCAUCUGAACCCGGUGAAUUGAAUGCAGAUGGGAAUGAUGAGGAGACUGGAAAUGAAAGGGGUGUAUCUGUUCCGGAUGCAAAACAUAUUUCUGAACAUUCCUUUUUGGACAGAGAUUUCAGUCGGAAGAAACAACCGGAAGAAGUUCUAAAAGAAGAAAAUACUAAGAAAAAGAGUGUCAAAGACACAAAGCACAACAGGAAGGGUGGGACUCUCAAGAAAAAGCACAAGGAUGAUUCAUCUGAUUCAGACAGCAGUACGGAUGAUGAGAAGACAGGUAGAAGGAAGCACAGUAGAGUGAAAAACGACAGUAAUGAUGGAUCUGAUUCUGAUAGUGAUGCUCAGAGGAAGGUCAAGGCUAAAAAGAAACAGAAGACAUCAUUGCACCACAAGAAAGGCAGGGUGGAGGACAGUGAUGAUACCGAUUUUACUUCUGAUUCUGAUGUCAGCAACAGUGCAAGAAGAAGUAAUAAGAAACCAGAAAAAGCAAGUAAGAAGCAUGAUUCUGAUAGUGAUUCUGAUCAUCAUGAAGGCUUGGCUAGGCAUAGGACUAAAGAAGUGAAGGGAAAUACAAAGAUGAGCAAACGCCAUGAUUCUGAAGAGGAACCUGAUUCUGAUAGUGAGGCAGAGAAACACAGUAGACUGGAUAAGCAGAAAAUGAAGAGGUAUGGUUCUACUAAUGAGGAUUCUGGUAGAGUCGGUGUUAGGCAUGCUUCAAGACAAGACAAACAUGUUAAAAGGCGGUCAUACUCUUCCUCUGAUGAUAGUAGCAGUGACUCUGAUUCGGGUAGCAGUGAUAGUGAUCGCAGGUAUGAAAGAACUAGGAAAGGUGGGUUUGUAGCAAAGAGAGGUGGGCCAAAGGAGAAAAUAAAUGACAGAGUUAUUGCUGCCGAAAAAGGGAAAAGUAGUGCUAAUACUGAUGGAUUGGAUACUUUAAGAAAAUCAUACGGGAGAGAUUUUAAAGAGGAUCCAAAUUCUAGAAGUCAAGCAAUGGCAAAGGGUGACAAGAAGAUUGAUGAAGAUAGAGAUAGGGAGACUUUCAAAUUGGCUAAGCAUGAUGGAGAGGGUAGGAAGUCUGAGUCAAAAUCUCGAAUUUAUCAAAAUGAAAAUCCAGAAAAAGAGGGUUAUUCUAAGUCAGCUAGGCUCAGAGGCAAUGAUAUUGAGACUUCUGAGCAGAGAGGCAGAAAUUAUAACAAGGAUGUUGAAUCACCAUCUGUUGGACGAAUUGAUCGGUAUAGGGAGGAUUAUGAUACAAGAAGGAAGGGAAGACAUGAUAAUGAUUAUAAACAGGAUCAGGAUAACCAUGGAGAAAAAAAACAUGGAAGGAAUGAAGACGAGCGCAUAGAAAGAAAGCACUUAAGGGAUGAGGAUGAUUCAAGAGAUGGAAAACAUAAAAGAGGCAGGGAAGUUCACCAAGAGAAAAAGAGCUUAAGAGGUGAUGAAGAUGGUCGUGGAGAGAGAAAACAUGGAAAGGAUGAAGAUUUUCCUAUAGGAAGAAAGCACUUGAGGGAUGAGGGUGGUCACAUAGAAACAAAGAUUAGAGGGACUGAGGAUGAACGUACAGGAAGAAAGACCUUGAGGGACGGGGAUGAUUAUGAAGAAAGAAAGAAAUUAAGGGAUGAUGAUCGUCAUAGAGAAGCACAAAACAAAAGGGAUGAGAGUGGCAUUGGAGAAAGAAAGAACUCAAGGGAUGAGGAUGGCCGUGGAGAGAAAAAGAGCUCUAGGGAUGGGGAUGAUCAUAGAGAAACAAAAAUCAGAAGGAUUGAGGAUGACCGUACGGGAAGAAAGGCCAUAAGGAAUGGAGAUGAUUAUGGAGAAAGAAAUCACUCGAGGAAUGAGGGCCGCCAUAGAGAAGCACCAAACAAAAGGGAUGGGGCUGGCAGUGGAGAAGUAAAGAACUCAAGAGAUGAGGAUGAUCGCAAAGAAAUAAAGAACUCAAGGGGUGAGGAUGAUUACAAGGAGAGAAAGAGCUCCAGGGAUGAGGAUCUUCGUGAGGAAAGAAGAGAAGCACCAAACAGAAGGGACGGGGCUGGCAGUGGAGAAGUUAAGAACUCAAGGAACGAGGAAGAUCGCAGAGAAAGAAAGAACUCAAGGGAUGAGGAUGAUUAUAAGGAGAGAAGGAGCUCUAGGGAUGAGGAUGUGCGUGAGGAAAGAAAGCACAGAGGGGGUGAGGAUUAUCAUGGAGAAAGAAAGCGCAGAAGGGAUGAUGAUGAUCAUGUGCAUGGAGAAAGAAGGCAUUAUAGAAGGGAUGAUGAUGAUGGAGAAAGAAAGUACAGAAGGGAGUAGUUUGAGCAGGAAAAUGAAGUUUAUAAGAGGGAUAUCCAUGUGAAUUACUCCCAGAAAACCAAAUUCAAUGUAUCUAGUUCAAGGGAGAGCAUGAAAACCCAAUACCGUAGUCCAAGGAUUUAGAAUGCUGAUGUUGUGCUUUAGCCUUUGAAUGUGCUUUAGUCUUUUUUGUUGUCUUGCGUUUCUGCUGUUUAAAAGCGUGUAAUUUUUUUUUUUAAUUUUUGAACUAUUGUUCAUGUUUGCUUAGAUUUCAAGUUGAGUUCUGGCUUGUCUGUCAGUUUGGUGUAUUUUUCCUCUUAAUGAAGUGUCAAAUGAGCUACUGAGCCUGCUAAUUUGCAAGAAUGAUUGAUAUACUGAACCCUGCUCUUUUCAUGAAUAUUAAAAACUAAUGGUUACUUUGUUUGAAAUACCA